AUCAUUUUGCAUGAAAUGGCAAAGAAGGGCGGAGUUCAGCAGCUGCAGGCGGACAUCGGCAGCGAUGAGGAGUUCGAAAAGUUUCUGCAGCGACCCGGCCUCCUGGUUCUGGAUAUCUAUUCGGAAUGGUGUGGUCCGUGUGUGGGCAUGGUGGGCAGUCUGCGCAAAAUUAAACUUGAGCUGGGCGGCGAUAAUUUGCAACUGGCGAUUUGCAAAGCUGGUUCAAUUUCGUAUCUGGAACGGUUUAAUAAGAAAAGUGAGCCCACUUGGAUGUUUGUAGCGGCAAGUAGUCCAACGAAAGUCUGUCCAAAAACUAACUCUAGAUUUGCACAGAAUGGCAAGGCCAUCAACAUCAUGUUUGGCACAGAUGUGCCCAAGCUGGUGGCCAUGAUCACCAGGGAGCUGGAGUCAACGAUCGCCAAGGAGCCGCACCAGACCUACGAAAUAACCGAGCUGCAGCCCAUUGAGCUGGAACACUUGCGCAUUAAGAACGAGGCUCUGGAAUUGGCCGCAAAGAUCGAGCUGGAGGAGAGCAAAAGGAGGCGCAUCGAGUAUUUGAGAUAUGUGACAGAUACCAUCAUGGAGAAUUUGCCAGAUAUUGGCAUUACGGUAUUUGGUCCGCAGGUCAAUCGGGAUAUGUUCAAGAAGCUCUCCGAACCGGCGGAUCCAUUGAAGAUUCAGUGCAAAGAUCGCAAAGUGUUUACCAUAACUGAAAACGAUUUCAACACUGUCAACUUUGCGGCCGAGAAUCCAUUGCCCAACGACGUUAUCCAACACUUGUACGACAAAGAGCUAUUCAUGUGCUUUUGGAAAGUGGAUGAAACGAUCGGAACGCCGCCCAAAAUACUGCAGCAGUACGCACAUGAGCUGACCAAAGAAACCAUAAAGCCACCCGACGAGUUCAACGAGGAGGAAACCGUUCUGCCACCCCUGAUAACAGACCUGGAAAUAACGGUGCAGGUACAAAUUGAAGUAAAUGAGGAAGCAGAUUCAGAACCUUCGGAGGACACGCUGCACUUUAAGGCCAUCAAAAUACCACCCAUCUGGGUGGCAAGCGAUCAGAGAACGCAUGCGGCCCUCAUCUAUACCUAUUUCAGGGCACAAACCGCCGCCUUUCUGCCGCCCGAUCCGACGCCCGAACCGCCACAUAUCAUCAUGACAUUCGAUGCGUACAAAAAGAAAGAUCUUAUCAAUCUGGUCGACGCCUGCAAGCAGGAUGUGCCGCUCUAUGGCUUCUUUACCAGCGACAAUCCGCAGACUGCCGUCUUUAUAGCCAACUCCGUCGAUAAAUACAAUGCUAAGCCCUAUGUGCCCACCGAUAAAAUUGUGCUGAAAGUAAACAAGGUGCCGGGUCCGACGAUACCGCUGCUCAUGGAAUAUGGCCCCAGCUAUGUGAGCCCCAACUCGGUUGUUGGCCAUAAGGAGGCUGCCAAAUUUUUUCCGCCCAGCUACAAGUCCGCCCAGCAAGAAGAGGCCGAGCUUCACGCCGUUAAAGCCGAGAAGCCGAAGAAGCGCAAGAAGACUAAGAAGGGCGCCGAGGCCGAGGAGCUCGAACAGCCCAGCGCCAGGGCCCAGGAUACUCUGCAGGAGGCCUCGGAUGAGGCGUCAAAGAUCUCGCCCGAGGAGGGCGCCUCGACGACCAGCAGCGGCGAGGACAGCUGCGAAUCUCGCCCAGCGACUGCCGAUGGCAAUAAUCAAUCCGCCGAUGGAUUGCAAUCGUAGACGUUUCCCUCCUUACAACUCCCAAACAAUAUACAAAUUUAUAGCCAUAUCCAUUUAACCAGAUAUAUAACUUAUAUUAUACUUAUACUUAACUUUUGUUUGAUCUUUGUAUAUGCACUUGUAUUACUUAACAUCGGGCUUAACCUCACAUUCACUAUAUAUUGGAAUUUGAAACGUGCUUGAAAUUAUUUAUAACCUUUAAAGUAUAAAAUACAUUUUUCUUUUAUAUUUUCAAUGCACAUGGAAUAUUUAUGGAAGAGCUGAUGGUUAAUACGAAGCUUCUAAAAUAUGUUUCUAAAUAUAUCAAGAAAUAUUUUAAAGAAUCUUUUUUUAACAGCAGCUUGUAAAUUUAUUUAAGGCUGGUUGUAAAUUAUAAAUGUUGCUAUUAAGGUACAUCGAAAUAUUUUGCUAAGGAAAAUAAUUCUAUAUAUUGGAUCUACUAAAUAUAUGGCAACAAUUCGAAUUAGCACUAGGUACAAAUGGAAAUAUUGUA